ACAUGGAAGGAAAAAGUGUUAAUAUACUGGUAUGUUGGUCAUCACAUGAAACCAGUGAAAUAUUAACUUAAAAUAUGCGAUAAAUUUCACCGUAAAACAAAACGCUUGUGAAGAUACUGCGCAGGAAAUACAAGAACUGAGUGACAGUUAAACUGAGGGAAACUUUAGAAGGACAUUUGUCCUUAUGAUCAUCAAAACUGUGUCAUUUUAAUUGUGUAAUAACUCAGAACUCUUGGACAUAUGGAUCUUCAGAUAGGGGACACCAUCAAUAGGAAUUUGAGUUGCUUUUCAUUGGUAUUUUAUGAUUAGGGAAGACAUGGAUAAGCAGCAGAGAACGGCAUUACAGAAGAACCACAUGAUGAUCGUUGAGGACCUUUUGAUUACGGAUGAUUUUCUUGGACAGUGUUUUCAGGAUGAUCUGUUUGAUUUGCAUUUAAUUGAAAUAAUCAAGACUGAGCGGACAAAUCAACAGAAGGUCCACAAGCUACUAGAACUCCUGCCUCAUCGGGGGCCAGAUGCUUUUGAUAAGUUUGUCAGCAUCAUUGAGCUGAGGUAUCCUUGGUUAGCCAAGUCGUUGGAAAAUGGACUGAGUCAGGAGAGACAGAAACACCAGGAGAAUCGCUGGUCCAGUAGAAUUGAUCAGCUGCCCAGGCUGGGGCUGGAGAGACUUGGAUCCCCAACUAGGUAUCAGUCGUACAAAAUCGCCAGCCAAAGAGAACUGUGUCAUGCUGCAGAUGUUUCUGAGCGUAUUGAAAACUUCACACAGAGAAGCUUUGGACUCCACAGAAAACUAUCUCAAUCUGACAAAAGGGCUGUGGAACAAUUUCUAUUGGAACAAAUAAAGCUAGAGGUCCAAAAACAAAAUGACCUUCAUUCCAAAAGCAGUGGAAAUAUUCCUCCUCAUAUAAAGCAAUGGCUCCUAAAUACACACAUCAAGUUCAAAGUUCACAUAGAUUGUCUCACAGAAGAAUCAAUAUCCAAAGAUGAGCUUCACACAUCUUAUUCUAUCACUUUUGAAAUUAUUGAAAAACAAAUAGAGACUUUGUUAAAUCGGAUUCAACAUCUGGAGGAACAAAUGACAAAUCUUUAUGAUGUACUCGGAGAAACCUCUCGGAAGAAAAGUCCCGCAUUACUAGUGGAAAAUAUUUUACACAAGUGUCAAGAUAUUGAGAGCAAGUUUGAGCGGAAGCAAAGAGAAAUUGACACCAUGAGCAAUGAAAAUUACGAGUUGACAAUAAGGAAAAAAAAGUUAGCUCAUGAACUGCAACUCAAAGAUGUUCAGUUGGAAGUAAAAGCCAACCAGAUAAGCAAACUUCAGCAAGAAAAUAAGGCCCUACAGGCUGAGAUCGAAAAACUGAAAAAAGUGAAUAUCACACAUUCAGAAAAGGAAAAGACACUUACAGAAUUACAGAGGAUUGUGAACGACUUGCGACAAACUCGAGAUCAAGUGCAAGAGGAAAACACAGAGCUAAGAUAUAAACUUGACCAACGUGUUCGCUUUUUGUCCCCCAGGCGACAGUCAUCUUAUUCCAAAACCUCAAACAGCAAAGCUUUGAGAGUAAAAGCAGCAAACAGAAAGAAGCUCAAUAGUAACAGAUAAUUUGGGAUGAUUAAAUGAUGUGUAGAAAAUUGCAAUAUUUAUGAUUUUGAUGUGAAUUCUCAUUCAAAUAAAUCUAUA